ACAGCCCCAGUUGCACUCCCGCGAGCUUCUCAUUCCGACAAACACCUGUGCGGCCUGUCCACAACUUUCCCUCACCGUCGCUUCUCUACCCCACCAGUCCCCGUGCCCCCUCUCCCCUAUCCUUCGUCCAAGCCCAAAACUAGGAUCAGGGCCGGGGUUUCACCCACAUCUCUGGUGAUCUCCGACCCUACUUCGAUGGCCGCAAACCUACUCCGAUGAAUCCCCCCCGAGAGCUCGAAACCCCGGUUCUCGCCGCAUCCUCCGCCGAAGACCGGAUGGACGGCCUCGGAUUCUGGAACUUCAUGGUGGCGGGGUCGAUCGCCGGCAUGGUGGAGCACAUGGCGAUGUUCCCGGUGGACACCCUCAAGACCCGGAUGCAGAUGCUCGCCGCCUCCUCCCCCCACCACGCCCUGGUAGGCCGGUUCCUCGCCGCCAUCGUCCGCUCCGAGGGGCCCUCUGGCCUCUACCGCGGUAUCGCCGCCAUGGGCCUCGGCGCCGGCCCGGCCCACGCCGUCUACUUCGCCGUCUACGAGGUCUGCAAGGACCGUUUUGGUGGCAACCGGCCCGACGGCCGCCACCACCCCCUUAUCCACGCCAUCUCUGGCGUCCUCGCCACCACCGCCAGCGACGCUGUCCUCACCCCCAUGGACGUCGUCAAGCAGCGCCUCCAGCUCCGCCGGAGCCCCUACGGUGGGGUGAGGGAUUGCGUAUUUCGGAUGCUUAGAGAGGAAGGGCUGGGGGCGUUCUACGCCUCCUAUCGGACCACCGUCAUCAUGAAUGCCCCGUUCACCGCGGUGCAUUUCGCGACCUAUGAGGCGGUCAAGAAGGCACUCAAUGGGAUCACGCCGGAGAACUUGAACGAGGAGCAGCUCUUGGUUCAUGUGACUGCGGGAGGGGCCGCCGGAGCUUUGGCCGGAGCCGUCACGACUCCAUUAGACGUCGUGAAGACAAGGCUACAGUGCCAGGGUGUUUGCGGUGCUGAUACAUUUAGCAGUAGCUCAAUUAUAAUGGCUAUUAAGAAAAUAGUAGCCAAAGAUGGACCUCGAGCUUUAAUACAAGGUCUGAAGCCCAGAGUUCUAUUCCAUGCUCCAGCUGCUGCCAUUUGUUGGUCCACAUAUGAAGCCAUGAAAAGUUUCCUCGAGCGUUGUUCUCAUGUGACAUCUCUACCCUGAUGCAGAAUAGUUGCCUGCCGGUCGUCCCAGCUAUCCAAUAAUUUUUUUGGUUGCUCCUGGUAGACCACCAGCUGUGACAGUUCAGUUUUGUUGGAACUGGGAGAUGUUGAAAUUCACAAAGCUUAAAUUUAUCAGCUUUUUGGUGCACCACGAAGGCUCUUGCCUGAUUAUUUUUUUUUUAAUCUUGAAGUCUAAUUAUUUAUAUAUAUUUCAUUUAAUGUGAUGAACACAAAGGGUCCAAUGCAUUUAGUUGCAA